CCCGCCCGCCAUUUCGCCCACAUCCGUUUAAGUCCUUCGAUAAGACUGAGCACAAGCAAAAAGGCCCAGAAACGCCGUGACGCUGCCGAGUAAUGGUUGUCGCCGCCGACCUGCAGCAGCCCAAUCGGAUCGGGCAGUGGCAAAAGGCCGUCUGCGCUUCUGCGAAUCCCCUCCUCCUCUGGCCUGCUUCCCCUGACAUCUCCUUUUCAUCUGCACAGAACUUAAAGCAUACUACCACCUCCAGGCCGUCGCCUUUGGAUCAUGUCGCCCGGCUUCCACCCAACUCAACCCAACCAGCACUACACCGACUCUUUCACUUCGCCCUCGGCCCUAACUCUACGCCCAUUAUGGCCGACACAGGCUGGUUUCUGCAGUGGACAAUCAUACUAAUGCUAACGGCCCUGACGCUGUCGCUCCUAGUCGUUGCCCAAAUCGCCCACAUGCACUGGUCCGCCUACGUCGCUGCUCCAAAGGAGGUCGCCACCUUUAUAGACACUGUCGAUUUCUCCAUUCAAGAGAACGAAAGCUAUGAUAGGGACGUCGCAAAGGUGCAACGACUAGAAGAUAAGAUCCGCCUCGGGCUGUUGCUCAGAGAGAUCCAGAAGCAUGGUGAUGACCUGCACGAGGAGCUGAAUGGGCUGUUGCUCUCUGACGAAACCACAGCUAUGCGCACUUCAGCACGGCUGUUCUGGGCUAGCAAGCGCACGCAACUAGACGAUCGCGUGCGUAGACUCGAUCUUCUACGAAUGCGAUUCCUGGUCGUCUACCUAGGCAUCAUAUCCUCCAUAGCUGACAAGCAACCCCCGCCCCCUCCGCCUCUUCCGCGAGAUACCGAAAAAUCAGCUGCUUUUCAAACCCCAUCUCGAGCCAGUUUUACGAAAUCAUUACAAAGUAGUGUGCCGAAGCGUCCUCCUGUCCGCCGGCUAACGACUCAAGCCAUCGGGCACCAGGAGAACGUCACGGGCACUGGGCGGAGGGGCUGGGCUGGGGUUGUGGAAGAACUGCAAACCUCGCCGCGAAUGCACCAACGACACGCCUCGAUAGAACGCGCCAUGUCAAUGAGCCCUACGGAACUAGAAGACCGCAAGUUUAGCUUUUCAUGACGAAUUUACGACGGGUGGCCGACUUCCUUGGUCACCAGCAAUGUACAACGAUAAAAACGACUCUCAUAUUUAGCGACAAUUAAUUUCUCGACUCUUCCCAUAUUCGACAGUUCGCGGCAAAACAUACAGUACAUAUUUUUAUUUCAGACCAAUUGCAUCAGUUGAUGCCGGUCUGGGUGUUGAGGAGUAUGCGAUUGUCAACUCAUCCUUGAUCUCUACAGUUGGCGGUUCCGGUCGAUUUCGUGCAGCAGACCCUAGAUCGGAUAUAGACAUAAUAGCCUAAUGUUCAAGCGCAAAAAGAAUUUUGCUUUCUAUAUUUUUGAUAAUUUAUUCCAAGUUUAACUUCACU